AUGAGGAAUAACGUUAACUAUGACGAUACCACAUAUCUGGUAGGCCCGGGACUCGAUUUAAAUGAUUUGAAGCUGGAGGAAGAUUGGAAUGGCAGACCAGCUAGUCGGUGGUCAGUACAUAAGAUUGGACAGUUGCAGGCAAAAAUAGACAAGUAUUCGUACAGAAUUUAUCACAAUAAGCGAUUUGGGAAACGAAGCCUAUCGAGUUUAAUACCUGGACAUAUUCUUAGACAAUAUACUAAUGAAACUUUUGGUUAUGAUGGUUGGAAGAUGGAUUUACAAAUCUUAGAAGUUCGUGAGGAUAUGAAAACUGGCAAUCCUGUUAAAUAUACUGUUUUUUCUGAAGCUCAAGUUAGAAUUACUUUAAAAGAUGGGACGAAUACAGAUGCUGUCGGUAUUGGAUGUUGUACAAUGCCUUCAAAAGGCAACUGUUACGGUAAAUCGAAGAAAGAAGCAGUUAAUGAUGCUUUUAAAAAGGCUAUUUUGAGUUUUGAGCAGUUGAUUCUGACGCACGAAGCCAGAGUCGAAAGCGGUUAUUAUGUAGAUGGAUUGUAUUCUUUAAGAGUCAAACGGGAAAACUUAUAG